GAGAUUGAAUUCACCUUCACAUGGUUCAAGCAUGGGAGAAAUUGGAGUGCAAAGCCAGUAUGGUAGAGCUACUGCAAUUCUGAAGAAAAUGUUACAUGAACAACAUUUGAGUACAGAUUUGUAUUUAUUUGCAGUGGACUUGUUGCGGGACAACAUGAACAGCGAAUUCUUUAUCGACUGUGAUGAUGUACUGCGAUUGCCUUUUAUAGAGAGGAAGUUUACUCAAUAUCAGAAUGGGAAAAACUUCGCCGGAUUGGACACUGUUAACAUGGUUGGUGAUGACAAUAGACGAUCAGAACGUGAAUGGAUAGCGCGGUUUGUAGUAGUUGUGUGUGCUACAGCAGCUGCCAUCCGCUAUUACGGCUCCCGUGGAUCAUACAUUGAUAAGGUUCCGUGUAGGACAUCAGCUUUACAGGGUUAUCAAUGGGUGACAGAAAUUCUGAGAGGACACCCAGCUAGAUGUUCACAACUUUUCAGGAUGAGGAAAGAAAUUUUUAGAGAGUUAUGCAUCGAUCUAAGAGACAAAUAUAUGUUACCGACCACGAACACCAUUCAAAUUCCGGAAAUGGUUGGUAUGUUCCUCUUUACUUUGGGGCAGGGUGCUAGUAAUAGAUUGUUGCAAGAAUGCUUUCAGCAUUCCGGCGAAACAAUUAGCCGGAUUUUCAGGGAGGUUCUACAAAGCGUCUACCUAAUGUCCAUCGACCUUAUCAAACCGAGGGAGAACCAGUUCGAUACAGUACCUUCUAGGAUUAGGAAUGACCCUAAAUAUAGGCCAUUUAAGGACUGUAUUGGUGCGAUUGAUGGUACUCAUAUUCCAGCCGUCAUUCCCAAGGAUGAGAGAGGUCGAUUCAUAGGGAGGAAAGGAUUUACUACACAGAAUGUGAUGGCCGUGUGCGACUUUGACAUGUUGUAUAUUUUUAUCUCGGCUGGGUGGGAGGGAUCUGCACACGAUGCGCGGGUAUUUCAGGAUGCAAUUACAGAUGAAUCGUUACACUUUCCGCAUCCACCUCCGAGUAAGUCAUAA